UAUCCCUACCGGCGUUCAUGUCUUUCCCUUCCAUGAAGAGCGCUUCCAUUUCGAUUUCACCCUUAAGAUUCAACACCGACCCGCGUCCCGCGUUGAACGCCUCGUCGUCUUCCAUACAUUCGACGGCCGCUUGACACGCUUCCGUUAUGGACGAAGUCGUUUCGUAGGCGUAAUGGGCCGCUCUUAUUGCGGCGCACAUCCCGUCGAACUUUUGUUGAUCACGACUAUCCGGUAUGCUCCCGGCACCACCGUGUACAACGAUCACCGGUCCCGACAUUAUCACGUGUAUUAUUACAAAUUUACAAUGUUUUGACGUUGGCACGGUAUGAACCGAAAGCGACUACUCUACUACUCCUAACUACCUACCUACCUAUACGUUUGUUUCGUAACUGAACAAACGGACCGUGUUCAGUUCGUAGUUCAAAUCAAAAACCAACAAACAUGUUUACAUAAUCUUUAUGAAACUAUUACAAAUUAAAUACAACUGUUUGUCAUUGAAGUGCGGAUUAAAUUACUUGUUAUUGAAAUCUUAUCAGCUUUAAAUAGAUAUCUAAUUACGGUAAUUUGGCCCGUUUAUUAGUUAAUGGAAAUGUCUAAUGAAGUACUGAUCCGUAUACGAUGCGUAUUGAAAAACGUCGGGGGUGCUCCAAAUCUCGAACGGCGCGGCGUUACAAUUACGCCGUUAAUAUUAAUCGAUUUAGUUUCCAAAGACCAAUUUCAAUGGAGUUGUAGAUCAUGACUACCCCCGCGCACCUAUUAUGGCAGGAUUGUAAUAUUUUAAUCGUCCGGAUAUUUGAUAUUACUUUAAAACGUCGAAUAUCGGAUGGACUUAAGGGGUUCGAAUAUCAUCGAGUUUAUUGUAGGCCCGUACGCUUAUAGUUUAUUACAUCACAAAUUGAUAUGUGUACGAAUACAUCUUGUUUUAAACCGCGGCGUUUCAUGCGUGUCGAUAACAUAGAUAAUCAAUACAUUCUUUAUUAUCUAUGUUCCUUUUGUGUUCACGAUGGCAAUUAUCAUAGUUACUGUACGGUAAUUAUUGGUAAUCGCCACGAUUACCAGCGAAAGCUACAGCUGAUCGACUUAUUUACACAUUUUUUGGAGGGCAAAUAUGCAACAGGUACAUUUAUUUUAAAGAUAAUAACGUUUUAUUCCGGGGAACCGCGAUUCCGUGUAUGCGUUAUGAUAACCAAAUGACUUGGACCUUGUAUUCGUUCUUCCGGGUUGCCAAUUUAUAUCGCAAGCGAAGAAAAAAAAAAAAAAAAAACGAAAUACCGAUGCAGUUACUUCGACGAACACUAAACAGUCGUUGGAAACAUUCCACAAUUACGUUACUGCGCUUCUGGAUUUAUAAUAAUUUAAACGCGUUGUUUUUUUAAAAUUAAUUUUGUGAAUUACUAUGGCUGUUAUUAAAAGACUGCAUGCCCUAAUAAUGGGAGCUCCAGGCUCAGGAAAAGGCACAGUGUCCGAACGCAUAGUCCAAUCAUUCAACUUGUUGCAUGUUUCUAGUGGUGACAUAUUGAGAAACAUGAUUAGAGAAAAAACUGACCUCGGCGUUCAAGUCAACAAGUAGGUAGUUACUCAGACAUGUAGACAAGUAUUUAUACUUACAAUUAUUCAGAUUUGUUUCCAACGGACAACUUGUACCUGACGAACUUAUGUUGAAAAUUAUCGGUGAUGAGUUGAAUCGAUUGUCAUCGAGCAACAAUAACUGGCUACUGGAUGGCUUUCCCAGGACUAAAUCACAGGCACUCAGCCUAUUUAAAAUAGCACCUGUUCAAGUAGUCAUUAGUCUCGAUGUCCCUUUUGAUGUUAUAAUUGACAGGGUCAAAGGUCAGUUAAUAUUUGAAUUGUUUAAUGAACACUUUUCACAGAUUUUCCGUGAAUAGGUAGAUGGAUACACGCGCCAAGUGGGCGAGUUUAUAACACAGAUUUUAAUGCGCCCAAGGUGCCGGGUCGUGAUGAUGUAACUGGUGAAUUAUUAGUACAACGUGAAGAUGAUAAACCAGAGUCAGUUAAAAAACGGUUGGAAAUAUAUUCCCAGAUGGCUGGUCCAAUUUUGGAAUAUUAUGCAGAACAAAAUGUCUUGGCAAAAUUUUCAGGAAAGACUACCAAUGAGAUUUGGCCUCAGGUCUACAAAUACUUGGCUACUAAAAUUGAACCCAAAGAAAAGAUUGUAUAAAGGCCGUUGUAUUGCAAUAUAUUAUAUUUUAUUAUUGUUGGUUCAAAUGUAUACAUU